UCUAAAGAGCAAAGGGGAGUUUCCAAAGUUAUCAAAUCCAUCCAACUUUGCCAUUUUCGGCCAGAGACCACUGAAAAUGACUCCCAAGAAGACUACCGCUCCCUUCCUCUGGUUUUCCUUUUGCUUUGGACAUGUUCUGGAGGCAGUGGUGAUGGGGUCCACGCAGUACCCCUCCGGUGCGCCUGAUAACGGGCUCCACUCACAUCUGGAUACGCGUGGUCCAGGAGAAGCCAGCACGAGCUCCCGGAACGACUCGACGUCUGUUCAUGUUCCGUCGUACAUGAUCUCUCUGUACAGGACUCUAUCGGAACUGGACCGACGCGGAGCGAACGGCAGCCUGUCGCGGUCCAGGAGAUAUGCCAAUACAGUGACCAGCUUCGUGGACCUGCAGGGGCAAGACGAGCCAUCCCCAAAGUUCCACCAACAGUACACAUUUGACCUGUCUGGUCUCUCCAGACUCGAUGAAUUGAUGGAGGUGGAGCUACGGAUUCUGAGGAGGCCACCACCUGACGUCUUAAAUUUACUUUCCCAUGGUGGGAACCUGUACCGGUUACUCCUCCACACCUGCUCCCUUCCUGGAUCUUCACCCCAGCCUGUGCUCCUUUCCUCCAGGACCAUUGAUCUUCUAGAUACUGCUUCAGCCACAUGGGAUGUGUUUGACGUUGGCACGAGUGUGAAGAGCCACCUCAGGAUGCAUAGGACCACAGAAGGCAGCAGUCAGUUACGCUUCAGCAUAGCUGCUGUUUCUGAUUCAACUAAUGAGGCUGUACAUCCCGCUAUGCUGGGACUGAACCAUGAGGAUCAGCAUACCCAUGAAAGGGCCUUGCUGGUGGCCUUUUCUUGGGCACGUAGGAAGGAGAACCUCUUUAGGGAGAUCCGUGAGAAGAUUAGGUCCAUGAAGAGUCAUACAUUUCAAAAUCCUGCACCAGAACGUGGUAUCAAACAGGGUCACCCCAGCCAUCGGCGGAGGAGAAGGACAGCACUAGCAGGACGUCCUGGUGGAGCAGGUGGUGGAGGGGGUGGAAAUGGGGGAAAAGGAACUGGCAGACGGAGAACACGUUGCAGCCGGAAGCCGCUUCACGUAAACUUCAAAGAACUCGGUUGGGACGACUGGAUUAUUGCGCCACUAGAUUACGAAGCGUACCACUGUGAGGGUUUAUGCGACUUUCCGUUGCGCUCACACCUGGAACCAACCAACCAUGCCAUCAUCCAGACACUCAUGAACUCCAUGGAUCCAGAGUCCAUGCCUCCCAGCUGUUGCGUGCCUUCAAAACUCAGCCCCAUCAGCAUCCUGUACAUUGACUCGGGGAAUAAUGUGGUUUAUAAACAGUAUGAGGACAUGGUGGUGGAGAGCUGUGGGUGCAGGUAGCAAUGUGAGAGAGGGGUGACCAACCCCUGGACUCUAUCUAAAAGCUGCCUCUCAUGCAGAGGCUAAGCACAGCAUUGCAGGUGAGAUGAACUGUCAGAGUGCCUAACCUGUGAGAGGGACAAUGUGUAAAUGUGUGUUUAUUUUCACUGUGUUAAUGGACAUGUGAACAGUAUGAACAUGAGCAGAGGAGAAGCCUGAUCACAUGAAGAAAAAAUUGCGACUGAACGACAUUUUUCGCAAAAUUAUAUUAUUCGGCUCCUUAUAGGUAUUGCGGCAGUUCUGAGGUGAAAUGUCCACUAAGUGGCGCUAAAAGCGAGUAAAAUUUCCUCCCAAACAGAGAGGUUUUUAAAGAUAAUGCCAUAUAUCAGAGUUUUAAAUCAACAAAACCUACCUACCUCCCUACCCUAAACCUUAAACCUAACCAAUAUGUUAUAAAAGCAAAUGUGAUAUGAAAAACACAAUUGCUGAUGCAACCACAUCAUUUUGUAGUGCUUCCAUUACACUUUUUGCUUUUUACUUUCCAUGUGUCAACUCGUGUGCUCUUCAUGCCUCGUACAUUGGUCCUUUGCAUCACAAGUGCAACACUCUAUCAGUUGAGCUACUGUGCAAUUUGAUCAUGCUUGAACAAGCUUGUAAAUGCAAUUGGUUAUGUAAUGGAUACAUUAAAAUGUAUCACCUUACAAGUCUAUAAUAAGUGUUUAGAUCCAUCAUGUAAGAGCAUUGUGUGAGGUAGAGGGGGAAAAGUAAAUGUUUAUGAACUGAUAAUCGGCCGUUUUACUCAUGAUUUGUGUCAAAGGGAAUAAAGUCAUUGUUUUAGUGCCUCUAGUGUUCAUUACACCACGAAACUGCCGUGAUACAUACAACAAGCCACGUUAAUCAUUUAGCAAAAAUUUACUUUAGGUAUAGUAACGUUAUUGUAUGAGACCAGGUACCAUGUCCCCCCAGCAUUCAAGUGCCCCACCAGAGUUUGCGUUCUAGUACCGGCCCUACCAGCAGCAGAGGACAUGUUGGCUGAACAGCUCUUUUCACAAGAAUCCAAAUUCCCUUACGACAUCAAAUAAACAAUGUCUCAAAUGAAUAAUGAAUGAAAUCCCAGGAUUUCCACAAAUUACUUUGCAUCCCGUUAAUGUAAACUGAAUGAUAGAGUGUUGAAGUAUUCUUGCAGCAGUGCUAAAAAUGUUGGCCGAAUUCAAAUUUGUCCACAGUGGCAUGCAACUUUAAAAUAUAUAACAGUAAAGGUGCUUUGCAUGACAUCUAGCUUAGUUCGAGAUGAAAUUGCUGUUAAGAAUUCGAUAGUGCCUCUGAGGAGCAAAAAAAAAACCAAAAAAAACAAUUCAAAUAUGGCAUUGACUGAAAGUUAGCAAUUUUGACUUUAUUCAAAAUGCAACAUACACAGUAUGGCUUUCCAUAUAGAGUUGUUGGUGUUUUUAGAAUCAAGAGACUCAUGCAUUGAUUUAUUGAGCAUGACAGCUCUGAAUUUUAUAUAAAGAUAACCCUCCACAUCUGAUGCUUUUAAGAGUUGAAGUCUGGCUUCGUUUGCUCAGCAUACGCUACAAUAUUUCAUUGGCCCACAUGAAAAAGUAAUAAACCUUAAAGGGAUAGUUCAAAUUCUGUUAAUUUACAUAUGUUUUUUCCAGAACCAUAUGACUUUCUUCCAUGGAAUGCUAAAGUGGAUGUUCAGCAGAAUGUUAGUCUCUCACUUACCAUUCACUUUUAUUGCAUCUUCUUCCAUACAUUGAAAGUGAAUGGUGCUUAGCAUCUCCUUUUGUGUCCCAGAGAUGAAAGAAAGUCAUAAGGGUUUGGAACAACAUGAGACUGAGUAAAUUAUGACAGAAUUAUCAUUUUUGGUAUCCCUUUAACACAUAAUUUAAUAUUUUAACAUCAAAUACAAAUGUAAUCAAGCUGUUUCAUGAGGAUGGGAAACUAGGCUUUGUUGUACACAAACAUGGCAUUGAUGACACACAUUUGGCUUCAGUAGGAUGAUAGCAUUGCAGUGCAGUACAUGAUGUGUGCAGUGUGUGCUCAGUGUGAAGAUAAAUGACUUCAUAGCAGUGUGCGACCUCAGACCUUUUUCUGCGAAAGGCGUUGUGAAGCCAAGAUCAAAAUGAUUGUUUUGUUUUAUCCAGACACCAGAUUUGGCUGUAUGAAGAGCUACUUUCAACAAUCACAUACACUCACAAAGAAAAGGGUUUGUUUUCUUGAGCUGCUAAUUAAAAGAUUGCUUUUUGCCCUGAUUUAAAUGUCAUGCCUUAUUAUGGAUUAUCAUACACAAUCCAAAGCAUUUUCAUAACUGUUACUAUGAACGUUAAUCUUAGUUUCUGUGGAUGAUAGCUAUACACUCAAAAAAAUAUUUCAGCCUAUUUUAAUGAUUUAUGCAUUUCAGUUUCCUAACAAAAUAACAUCAAAUUAAAUAGUGUAAUUUUUAAGUAAAUUAAAUUUGUAAAACAUUUUAAAUAUACAUAUAUACAUAUAUAUAUACACUGAUGGCCAAAAGAUUUGAAUAAUGUACAGAUUUAGCUGUUUAGGAAGGAAAUUGGUACUUUAAUUCACAGGACAUUACUGAUGUAAAAAACAGCACCAUCACUAUUUGAAGAUUUCAUACAAAGGUGUACAGUACAGUCUUCAAAGACAAAGGACAACUGGCUCUGACAAAGACAGGAAGAGAUGUGGAAGGCCAGAUGUACAACUAAACAAGUGGAUAAGUACAUCAGAGUCUCUAGUUUGAGAAGUAGACAUCUCACGUGUCCUCAGCUGACAGCUUCAUUGAAUUCUACCCACUCAACACCAGUUUCAUGUACAACAGUAAAGAGAAGACUCAGGGAUGCAGGCCUUAUGGGAAGAAUUGCAAAGAAAAAGCCACUUUUGAUACAGAAAAACAAAAAGAAAAGGUUAGAGUGGGCAAAGAAACAGACAUUAGACAACAGAUAAUUGGAAAAGAGUGUUAUUGAUCUUUACCCCAUUGAGCUUUUGUGGGAUCAGCUAGACCGUAAGGUGUGUGAGAAGUGCCCGACAAGACAGCCACAUCUAUGGCAACUGAUACAGGAAGCGUGGGGUGAAAUGUCACCUGAGUCUCUGGACAAACUGACAGCUAGAAUGCCAAGAAUCUGCAAAGCUGUCAUUGCUGCACAUGGAGGAUUUUUUGAAGAGAACUCUUUGAAGUAGUUUAAGAAGUUCUGAACAUUUUUUUCAAAUUGCAAUAGUACAUUUUCACAUUAUUAAUGUCCUGACUAUCCAUUGUGAUCAGUUGAAUGCCACUUUGGUCAAUAAAAAUACCAAUUUCUU